GGCGCGUUGUGUUUGAGUCGGGCUGGGUGAAACCAACUGCCAGCUGGGUGACUGUCGUGAUGAACAGUCGCAGUGUUGGCUCCAGCCUCCAGCGGUGACUGGAUGGAGAACUCAGUCGGAGCGGGCAGUGUGAGCUUUUGCGCUGGAAUAAGUCUGGAACAGAUGAAGCGGGACGCUAGCAGAAUAUAGCAACGCGCCGACCAGAAUGUCGAGUGGAACAAAAGAGACUACUUCCUUUUUCUCCUCCUCUUCGCGUCCGGCGAGCAGAACAACUAACUAGCAGCUAAACGCUAGCUAACAUACAUUUGCGGUUGAAAGCAUCCUCACUUGGGUGGACGAUUCAGAUUUUUUCUCGUCAUGGCAGCCGUGGUUGGAUUCUCUCCACCAUGGUGGGUGAACCUGCUGCACAGACUGCCCCACUUCACCUUCAACUUCCAGCAAACAAGCAGUGAUUUCCGACCCGAAGAAUGGACAUACCAGCAGUCCAUCCUGCUGCUGGGAGGUGUGGCGCUUGCCUGUCUGGCUCUGGACCUCCUUUUCCUGCUCAUCUACUCCAUUUGUCUGUGCUGCCGGCGGAGCAAGAGCGAGGAGCAGCCCAACGCUGACUGUUGUUGCACAGCCUGGUGCGUCAUCAUUGCAACACUUGUGUGCAGUGCUGGCAUUGCUGUCGGUUUCUAUGGGAAUGGAGAGACUUGUGACGGAGUGAAUCGAAUGACGUAUUCCCUCCGCCAUGCUAACCGCACAAUCACUGGAGUGAAAAAGCUGGUACAUGACAGCACCGCAUCACUGAACCAGACAGUAGAAGACGAUCUGCAACAGCUUGAGGGCCAGUAUGCUCAGCAUGCCGACUACCUCUCCAUCAUCCAUAAGCUGCAGGGCCAACUGGACGAGCUGGUCAGACAGAUGGGCGAUAUUCCUUUCUGGGACAACCACAAGAUUUCCCUGGAAGAUGUGGCUGUUAGGAUUGAACUGUAUGACUGGUACAGGUGGUUGAGCUACAUAUCCCUUUUGCUGUUUGAUGUCCUCAUCUGCCUCCUUGUUCUGUUUGGCCUCAUUCGCAACUCAAAGGGAACACUUAUAGGAGUGUGCAUGUUUGGUGUGGUGGCUCUUAUGAUCAGCUGGGUGUCUCUGGGGCUGGAGCUGGCUGUUUCUGUGAGCACUAGUGACUUUUGCUUUGCCCCUGAUGUUUACGUCACCAAAGUGGGGAAACAGCAUGGAAUCAUCAAUAAAGAAAUCCUGCGGUACUACCUUAACUGCAGUUCAGAGCAAAGCAACCCUUUCCAACAGAUGCUUUCUGGAGGCCACAAAGCCUUGGUGGAGAUGCAGGACGACGUGUCUGAGCUGCUGCGUUCUGCCACCAGAGAAUACAAACAAACCAGGGCGACUCUAGAGGACAUUCAGGGCGUUCUGAACACCACAGAGAUCAACCUCCAUCAGCUCACUGCACUGGUGGACUGCCGCAGCCUGCACAUGGACUACGUCCAGGGUAUGACGGGUCUGUGCUACGACGGGCUGGAAGGCCUCAUCUACCUGGUGCUCUUCUCCUUCGUCACAGCUCUCAUGUUCAGCUCCGUCGUCUGCAGCGUGCCUCACACUUGGCGUGGAAAGCGCAAUGACGAGGACAGUGAAGACGAGUCUCUGAGCCACGGAGGAAGGCAGAACCACGACAACCUGUACAGAGUCCACAUGCCCAGUCUGUACAGCUGUGGCAGCAGCUACGGCAGCGAGACGUCCAUUCCUGCCACGGCCCACACCGUCAGCAACGCUCCCGUCACAGAGUACAUGGCUCAGAACUCUAACUUCCAGAAUGCUCGCUGUGAAAACACCCCUCUGAUUGGACGGGAGUCUCCUCCUCCUUCGUUGUAUUUGACUGCCGCGGACAGUAACAGUGGUCACUGCUGGCAGUUAAAGCCCUCGGAGAGUUCCAGGUCGUUUUGGUAAACUCCACCUGCUAUGCUAACAGUAUACCUCCAGCAUGCGAGCAAAGUACCUGGCCAACAGCACCCGACCAGACCCAAACGACCCCCCAGCACAUUAAAGCCCACGGCUGUGACCCCCCCCCCCCCCCCCUCCCCUCCCCUCAGUCCAUCUAUUCUCUCCUUCGGUGAACAGGUUCAUCCAGUCUUCUGCUUCUUCUCGUCCUGUCAGACUUGAUUUGAACCAAAUGUGCUUUUUUACUGGUUGGCUGAAGCAGAACCUGAGGACACGCGUCGGAUCUCAUCGGCCAUAAAGUGCAGUUACUCCUUCUGUUUAUGAACGCGUGAAACUACAAAGGUGCUGGGGACUGCAGGUCUUUUACACCAGGGCACCGUGGCGCGUCCGAGACGUGGCCAUGUGACGGACAUCGGACGUGCUGAGAAACUAACACUGGUUGUUUUAGUACUGUACCGUGCUCAUGUGACUUGUACAUUCAGGAGGAAUCCACCGUUUUUCUUCUCACUUGAAGCGUAGAAAUGAUCUGUCACCUGAUGCCCUCACCCGAAAUCAAACCUAGAUUCACAUUACGGGGACAUUUUCUCUGGACUCUUUCUUGUCUUUUGGAGCUUGAAACAAACUGAACAUCACACACACACACACACACACACGUUAGCUUUGGCAUUAGCUCUCUGGCAUUUUGUCGUAACUCUGACGUCUGGGACCAGUUUAUCUGCGGUAUUGCACCUUUUAUUGCAAGCUUCUUUUUUGUAUUUAGUUUUUUAGUCCCUGUUGCUUUUUGUAAAUAGUGUGACGAGCUCUUCCACCACAGCUGUGGACACACACAUCUGGACAUGGUUGGGCUGAUGAAAUGAAAAGGAUGAGUUCAACACUGGUCAGGAGAUUUUAUACAUCCUUUUAUACAUCUGAUAAUAGAUGAGUGAUUACAAAUAUCUUAGGACAAGGUGCUGUGCUCGGUGUCCUCCUGUUUGCCUUUUUAAUCAGGACUAAGAACUAUUUACACACAUUUUUACUCGCUGGCGCUGACACUCAGAAACACAGCAGCGGAGUUUAAACUCGAGGAAAGAGUUUCCUAAAACCGUAAUGCACUGGCAAUGCUAUGCCGCACAAAUGUGUUGUAGCAUUUUUCAGAGUAGAAGAGGUGAGAGGGUGCUAUAAACAUUUAACUCCCUUAACCUUUCUGUUGUGGCAUGAACAACCUUCAGGUGUGAAGUGAGAUGUUUGUACUUUGCUGCUUCUUCUCUUCAACAUGCUCUGUGGCCAGUGAGAGGUGACGUGAGACCGUGCCAACGCCUGAAGCACAAACCUCUUAUGAUCGCUCAUUUUUAAUGUCUUUGCUUCAGUCUGCUUUCUUUGGUGGCUCUGGGAAGCAAAAUGAGCCUGACUUAAAAACAUGUAUGCUUUUUUCCCACUGAUGCAGUCUUUUAAUUUUUUGUAGUUGUGUUUUCUUUAUGAUGCUAUGUUGUACAGGUAAGAAAUAAUUACCAGAGAAAAAGAUUAUUUUCUUUCUUAAAAACUUAUUUUAAACUUUUUUUUACUGUAAUUGAAAAUCAGCAAAUGUUUUGUGAUGCUGUGGAAAUGUAAAUAAAAUUGAAGUGAAACUGUCAGGGUUUUUUUUUUCUUUAAUGUAAAAUAGAUUGCAGUAGAAAUGUUUUAUACUUGAUUUUGUAAUGUGUCUGUGUAAACGCUGUGGUUAUUCUGAGCUGAAUGGUGUGUUCCCAAAUAAAGAAACCUUGACCCAA